AUGUCAGUUUGUGGGCUUCGAUGCGGAUUUGUAUACCGAGGGACGAGAGUGCGUCAAUUGCGGGGCCAUCCAGACGCCGUUGUGGCGCCGCGACGGCACCGGCCACUAUCUGUGCAACGCUUGCGGGCUGUACCACAAGAUGAACGGGAUGAAUCGGCCCCUGGUCAAACAGCCCAGACGCUUGUGGCCGCUGAACAGGGCGGGGAUCUUUAUAAGGGCUACGGCUACGGCAAUUCCUUGACCGCUCGAAGCUCCGAGGAGAAGCAAAGCCGACGACUGAGCUCAGCUCGUCGAGUGGGUCUCCAGUGCUCCAACUGCAAUACCACCAACACCUCUCUCUGGCGUCGGAAUCAGGUCGGGGAACCUGUUUGCAACGCCUGUGGCCUGUACUAUAAACUGCACAACGUCAACCGACCGCUGGCCAUGAAGAAGGACAACAUUCAGUCACGCAAGCGUAAACCGAAGGGCAGCAAAAAUUCAUCGGAUGGAACGACGACGUCGUCGUCGUCGUCGAAGAAUAGCAACAACAAUAAUAACAACAACAACAACAGCAACGCGAAUAAUAACAAUAACAACAGCACCAGCAAUAGUAAUGGUGGCACCAAUCACAACAACUCGAGCAGUGUGGUUAAUUCGACCGUGCUAGGAAAUUCCCUAAAUGAACUCAAAGCUCUCAAGGCCUCGAUGGCCCAAACGACGUCAUCAUCGAGUAUCAUCCAGCCGGCAUCGACGCCGUCGAGCGUUGGCAGCAACAUGUCACCGGAUCCUCACAACACUUCACCCGGCGGCCAUCAUCACGGCCAACUGUCCCCGAUAUCCUACACUCAACAGGUUCCAUCGCCGAUCACCAGCACUCCGACCAGUGCCAUCGGCCAUAGUGGCAAAUUUAGCCAACAACAGCAGCAGCAGCAACAGCAACAUCAGAAGGCAGCAUCCGUGUUCAUGAUGACUCCAUUCGGGACCACACUGACCAAUGCCAAUAGUUUGGCACAUCAAGCUGGACUUUCUUUGAGUCCCAUGGGAUACCACAUGAAUAAUAAUGGUCCCUCGAAUGGAUCCACGAUGAGUCCCAAGUAUCACGGGAGUCCUUCGGAAUCGCCCGGAUGUAUGUCCGCGUACUACGAGCUGAUGAGCAAUGCCGAUGCCAACGGACUGGAUCCACAUGGACUGGGAUCGAUCGUGAAGAUGGAACCGAUCGCCGGAAGCUACUCAGCCUACCAACAGGCGCUUCAUCAACAGCAGCAGCAACAGCAGCUAAUGCAUCACGUCCAGAGCAGGAGUCCGUCGGUUUCGGACGACAACGAUCAACAUCAUCAUCAGCCCCAGCAGCACCAUCAUCAUCAGGGCCACCAAUCGCCGGACGGCCUCGAUGACAAACAUGGCCUCCAGCGGCCAACCGUAGUGUCGAUGUCCAGCUAAGCGGAACGCUGAAAUUAAACGAAAGAAAAGAAGAAAGAGACCUCGUCGUUAGAAUCUCAUGCUCAGAAGCCAAAUACCAAAUGAACCAAAAAGACUAAUAACUGAUAGCUAGAGAAAACUGUAGAAAAAACUCUCUUUACAUAGAAGAAGCCACGUGAUGACUCAUCAUGACAGUUAGAAUCAAAAGGGUUCUUAUCUCUGUGGACCACACCAAAUUAGUUAUGAACCAUUUUAGGGUAGGAAAGUGCACUCGACGCCCCGAACCGAAAUGCUAAUGCCAAGCGACCGAGUGCAAUUAGAAUUAUAAGUUACGUUAUUUCUCCCCUCCCGUUUAUAGGAAACAUACAUCAUUAUGCACGACUUUGAUGUCUGAAGAAAUUUUAUUUUCACUUUGUAAAAAUCACCGACAAACACUUAACGCUAUAAGAGUAAAAAAGAAAGGUUUUUAAUCCGCGUGUUAUGACAACCGCAUAAAACCAGAACACAAGAAAAAACAACAAACGAGUGUGUCAUCUAAUCAGCUGUUAUUUCAUCUUCCCCCACCCAUUUGGGCUGGGUGGGAUACAUUAAGUACCAUAUAGAAGAGAGUGCGGAUUUUUGUUGCCCCUCAAAAAGUAGGGACUAACCGUUUUGAUGUACAUAAAUAGUUUUCCCUGGAAACUGCCGCCGGGGUGAGGAGCGAAUCUAAACCGCUAGCAUAUUUAGAGAGAAUUAUAUCCACGUUCACCCAUUCCCCCAAAUCUUCCCACUAGAUUUUAAGGCUUGUAAAAGACAGAGCUCUCACAGAAAUACUUCAAAGACUUUCCAAAUAUUAGAUGCAAAAAAAAUAAUUGUGCGGAUGAUUUUUCGAACACCCAUCGAUCGGAUCGAGGACAGUGUGUGUUUGUAAAUGUAGUCUAGACACUAGAUAGAGGUAGUGUCGGAAAAUCAUCACUUAUUUGUUAGCUCGUAGGUAAGUGUUAAGUUGAUAAGUCCAUUUUAUUAGCGCGUAAGUUUUCUGUUAAUUUC